AUGUCCUUCUUUGAGAGUAAUUUAAAGCUGUUCAAGUCGACAGAUGUGGAUGUUGACUUCAAAUCACAAGGUUUUAUACACAGCUUGAGAGCCAUAAUCAUUGCAAUCUUAGCAGAAUCAAAUGAUGAUUUGAUAUUAUCUUCAAACUUAUCAACUUACUCUGUCCAAGAACUACAAGAAGCCACAAAGGUGAAAUAUGAGCAUGACUUAGAAACUAUUGAAGAUGUGACGUACUCCAUAGACACCCUGGUUGUUUCAUUCCCAAAUAAUAUUAUUAAGAAACAAGCACUUACAUUUAUCAGAACAAUUGAAAAAACCAAAAAAACAUAUACCACAUUAAUAUUAGCCAGAGGUUCUGCUAAAUUGCUCACGUUUGUUCUACAAUGGCUAAAGUCAGAGACUGGGUUUUAUUUCAAACCAUUAAAAUUUGACUCGGAUUUCUUAAUUGAAUGUAUGAAUAUUGUUAUUGAUGGAUUACAAGAUGAUAUGGUUAGACUUGGUGAUUUAGAAUUAUCAUUUGAUAUCAAAACUCAACAAAAUAACUUAUCAUCUAUCGGGAUCGAUAUACCACAUAAAGAGAUUAUCAAAUUAGCUAAAGAAUCCAAAGAAGAUGGGUUGAAGAAUACUAUAUAUCAAUUUUUAUUAGAAAGUACAUCAAUAGAUUUUGCAAUGUUUGAUUUAGCAAAAUUUAAAUGCAAUUUUUUAUUUAUAACUAAAGAUGGGAAGUUGAAGUUCUUCAAAGGAAUACCAAGAAAGGGAACAUCAGAUACAAUUGGGUUUACAGCAUGGGAUUUCGUUCAGAAAAUUUAUAAUAUUCUUUAG